UCUCUCACUGUUCCAUUUUCUUAGAACUUACACAAAAACCAAAACAGAAAAAUGAGAAAAAUUCCAUCAGAAACCCUAAUAACAAAUCUCAUCUACUCCUCCUCCCGUACCAGAAUUCUCCAUCAUCUAUCUCUCAGUACAGCAACAGCAUCUUCAACAACAACAGAAACUCAAUCGCAGAAGCUUGAAAGAAUCGCAGACCAACUAAUCGACUUAACAAAGUUCGAAAAACAUGAUUAUGGGAUUUUGUUCAGACACAAAUCAGGGUUAAACAAAUAUGGUCCAGCAAUCUCAGGUCUUAAUGCAUCAGCAGGUGGUGGUGGUGGAGGUGGAUCAACAGCGGCAGCAGCAGCAGAAGUUGUUGAGAAAGUAGCAUUUGAUUUGAAACUUGAAAAGUUCGAUGCAGCUUCAAAGAUUAAGAUUAUUAAGGAAGUUAGAAGUUUCACUGAUUUGGGAUUGAAAGAAGCUAAAGAUUUGGUGGAGAAAGCUCCUGUUAUGUUGAAAAAAGGACUUACUAAAGAAGAAGCUAAUCCGAUCUUAGAGAAACUUAAAGAAUUGGGUGCUACGGUUGUAUUGGAAUGAAAUCAUUGAUUAUCAAUUUUGAUUUUGUAGAAUAAUAAUAACUUUUUUUUUUUCAAUUGAAAAUUAUGAAAUGAAGAUUUAGGUUAUUUCUAAUUGGGGAUCUGUGGAUGUGGCUGAUUAUUGAAUUGUUUGAUUAUGGCGUAUUGAUUUAACAAUGUCUCCGUGUCUACAUUGCGAAGCGAGUUCCUGUUUGUUAUUGCAGUAGAGAGAGUGGUUGAAGAAAAUGAUGCACAGUCUCCAGAGAGGGGAGAUUUUAUUUGGAUCCAAAGAAUUCUGAUUUUAACAGAGACUGAGCAAAUACACCGUGUGUUUGAGCAAAUUGUUCUGGAGUUUAGCCAUCGACGGAGGUUGGUGGUCCACUCUUUUCGUUAACAUUAGUCCAUUUAGCAUAAUUAGUUGAAAUGGUACACAUUGCAUGUGCCAUGUGAUAUAAUCUUGGAACUGAAGAUAACUGGUAAUUCAAUGAUAUUGCAUGACUCUU